AUGACUGUUCAGAUGUCGGUUAAUGAGGAGGAUGAAACUCACCGUGGCCCGACCACUGCCGCUGAGGCUCUGAAAGCGAUGGGCUGGCAGUACUGGGGGGAUAUAUGGCGGUCGAUUUACUAUUAUAUACCGAUGAAGGAAUGUGCGGAGGAGUUACGAAUGCAGAGACGAGAUGAUCGCCAGUCCGCGUUGGGAGCUGUUGAGAGGAAGACGAUCACUCCGCUCGAGGGCAUCCUCGUCGACGAGGCCUUCGAUGCACCCUUCAACACGUCUGUUCGCACUGGUCAGUUGGCGGUUCCUAAGAGCGUAUCCUCCUCUUAUUAA